CGUUGGCGAAGGCGUCUCUGAUCAGUCAAAUUGCGAUCGUCGUUGCGUGACCAUUUACGUUGCGCUUGGUAUACAAAUGUAGUUUGUCAACGCGCGUUUAUACAUAUACAUAUAUCUAUAUACGAAAAUAACAUUUUUGUCAAGAGCUAAGAGGUAUUACGACUUCUUCCGGGAUUACACGCUUUGCGACUUGUAUUCUGCGAGACUUUACGGAUUUUUUUAUAGGGUUAAACAAUUGUUUGGCAUAUAACAUUGGAUUUGUAAAGAAAGCGUGAAAAGGCAGCUCCCGUGGAACUUGAACGUGUGCCGUAUCAGAGAUACCAUCGAAGCGAUAAAAUGGAACGAUUACUAUUGCUAGCUUUUUUAGCUGUCAUAGUAUUGUGUCAUGCACAGUUCCAAGUGAUGUUCGAAUGGAAGUCAAUCGACUUUCAGUGGCGAUUAGACGAUGAACGGAAACAGGCUCUAGUGCGUGGCGAUUAUAUACCAGCGAACAACUUUCUCACCACCGUGAAAUUCUGGAAGGACAAGAUGUAUGUAACAUUACCACGAUGGAAAGACGGGGUACCAGUAACGUUGGGCGUCACGUCAGCGGAGCCAGUGAACGGGGUAACGGCGCCCUUACUGGAGGCAUUUCCCAACUGGGAUAUGCAGAAGCUGGGCGACUGCUCAGCGUUUCAAUUAGUCCACAGCGUGGAGAUUGAUCCUAAGGGUCGCAUGUGGGUACUCGACACCGGUCGAGCCACAUCUCUGCGUCAGGAGAGUAAGACCGGCUGUCCGCCUCGCCUCGUCAUUCUUGAUCUCGAGGACAAGGGCAACAUACUCCGCAGUUACGAGUUUCCCGAUCACGUAGCCCGCCUCGGGCCAUCGGGGACAUAUCUCAACGAUAUCGUCCUUGAUCACGAGAACGGUGGUAUGGCAUACAUCACUGACAACGGCCGCGACGAUCCCGGCAUCAUCGUGUAUUCCUUGAAAAACAAUACCUCCUGGAAGAUUCGGCAUAAUUCUAUGAAGGCGGAAGGGGAGGCGGUCGGAUUCAAGGUAGCUGAAACACAUGUCAUCAAUCCGGUGCACGUGGACGGCAUAGCGCUUUCACCGUCAAGCAAUCGCGACAGGCAGAUUUACUACUCGCCUUUAUCUUCGUUUCACUUGUACUCAAUCCCGGUAUCCGCUCUGAGAGACAACGUAACAAACAUCGAUCAGUACGUGAAGCAACUCGGGCGGAAGUCGUCGCAAACUGAUGGUAUGGCAAUGUCAGCCACUGGCAAACUUUAUUUCGGCUUAUUAGCCGACGACGCUAUCGCCAUGUGGGAUACCAAAAAUACACCAUCCUUUAACGUCGGUCUGCGAAUUAUAUCGCGCGAUCACGUUUUUACACAAUGGCCUGACAGCUUUGCCUUCGAUGAGAAAGGCAACUUUUGGUGUGUCACCAACAUGUUACAAAACUUUUUGAACAAUCGUGUCAAUAUCAGCAUGCCCAACUAUCGCCUGCUUCGAAUACACGUAGGAGCUAGGAGUUAUCAAUAUUACGAAAAUGGCACGGCACCGGAAUGGCCGGACUUUACUGCCGGUGCCGAUUCCGUCAAAUUCGCGCUCGCCACAUUAUUGGCCGCAAUUCUAGUAUUUGUCGCGAAAUAACUGCUUUGUAUUAAAGAUAUAUGCAGAUUUGAACUAUACGAAGAAACGAUUUACGAAUUCAUGUUGGCAAAAAAAAUCGAUUAGAUGUUAUAUCCAUUUUUAAGUUUGCAAAAUUUUCCCUUGACGUUUAUAUGUUUAGAAAUUGUAAAAACAUGAGAUGAAAAUAAUAUAGAAUAAAAAAUUCAACAAUU